AGUAGUGUAGCGUAAAGACAAAUAUUAUGGUCUCAUGAAUCAAAACACGAUAAAUUAUUGAAAGAAAUCGCCAGUGCUAUUAAGCAGACAUUUUUACAUUACUAGACCCUGUGAAUUGAACAAAAUGUGGAGCUGCAUCGUGACUAUUUUAUUAUUGGCGAGUGUUGGACUGUGCGAAAGUGGAGAGUUGACAAGAGCAUUUGGAGACACUACUGAAUGUCAAUCUUACAGUCCUUCCAAUUGUACUGGAAAAACGACUGCCGAUUGUUUUGGUACCGAGUACUGCGCAGAGCCUGGUCCUGAACGACAAAAUCACUGCUUUAAUCUUUGGGAAUAUGACUCCAAUACCGGAGAAACAUCAGUUAUGAUGAAGGGGUGCUUUGGAACUAAUCCUGACUGCGUAAACAAGCCGUUUCAUUGCACACAGAGAAUGAAAGGAGAAAAUAGGCGGUUGUUUUUCUGCUGUUGCAAUGGAAAUAAUUGCAAUACGAAUUUAAGCUACUUGUCAUAUUUAGAACAAGAAAAAGAUAGCUUUUUGAAAAACAAAGCUAAAGAUCACGAAGAAAUUGAAUAUUUGCCUGAAGCGUUCGUCAUUACGAAUCCGAUGUUGCUUAUAAUUAUAUUCGGAACGCUCGUCAUCUCGUUAUUUUUUUCAUCGGUCUGCUGUUAUUUUUGCUACAAAAAUAUAAAAGAAGAAAAAGUAGUCACUUUAAAAGAAGCUCACAGAGGUUCAAUGAGGCCUACUUAUAUACCUGGCAACAUCGAAUUUCACGAAUUGAAAGAUCAGGGUCGUUUUGGAAAGGUGUGGCGUGGAACAUGGAAUUCUGUUGAAGUUGCCAUUAAAGUAUUCCAAAUGAAAGAUCGUGAAUCAUGGAUACACGAAGCUUCGACACUAGAUAUAAAAGGCAUCAAGCAUCCUAACAUUUUAAAUGUUAUAUGCUCUGAAAUUAAAGGAAGUGGUCCAGAUCAGCAGUUUUGGAUGAUCUCGGAUUUUCAUUAUAGAGGCUCGCUUUACGAUUACAUGCAAACGGACGUUUUCACUUGGACAGAAACUUUUAAAAUUGCAUUGACUUUUUUCAGAGGUCUGCAGCAUUUACACGAACAAAAAAAUAUCGAUCCUUCUUGCUUCAAACCGUCUAUCGCUCACGGGGACAUAAAGCCGAAAAAUAUUUUACUCAAAGCAGAUACUUCUGUUUGUAUCGCUGACUUUGGUUCGGCUCAAGUUUUUUUCAAAGAUGGUCCAAUGGAAAAGCCAUUUGGUCGGAAGGGCACUUCACGCUACAUGUCUCCUGAAAUGCUCGAAGGUGCCGUGGUUUUUACUAGGCAAUCAUUUUUGAGCAUGGAUAUGUAUGCAAGCGGUCUUGUGCUGUGGGAAGUCUUGACACGAAGUGCCAGUGCUAAUGAACAUGUUCCUCAAUACAUGGCACCCUACGAAGACCUGCUCGGAUCGCGCCCCACACUCAUCCAAUUGCGGGAUUGCGUAGUAGGAAAAAACUUGAGACCACACAUACCUUAUUCGUGGCGCAAAUCUCCCGGCUACGCUAUAAUGUGUAAUAUAAUGGAAGAAUGCUGGGACAAAGAUGCAGACGCACGAAUUACUGCAUCUUGUGCCUAUAACAGAUUAGAUGCAAUGACAAAUAAAACGAAGAGCGCAAGUCAAUUGUAAAUUGUUUAGUUUAAGGUUCAAUCCUCAUAUAGUUCAGCUUAUUGAACUACACUGUACAGAUGGUAAAAUAUGUUAAUUCGUGACGUAAAAAUUUACGCAACGUCAAUCUAGUCAAAAGUAUGUGAUAAUAAUUUGCAUCAAAAAGCAUAUACGAUUUAUCCAUAUUAUUUCGAAGAAAGAAAAAAAGAAGUAUCGAUUCGUUCUCCAACGAUCCGAAGAUUUUAUUGUCGAAUCAUUAACGGCGUGAUUUGCACAGUGAAAGUCGGCGGCGAUCUACACACGCGGAAGUAAGGAAAAAAACGAAACUACAGGAAGUAGUAUUUAGAGAGCCAAAGAAAGAGAGACAGAGAGAACACAACAACGUGCUGUUCCCGCUGCUGCAGUCUCUAUAUACACGUGGUGGCAUGCGCAAAAUCUCUCUCUGGCGCGCGCCGUUGUGCUGCUGUGCAUCCUUCCUCGUUUUCGCAACGGCAUUCCAUCAUCGACGCGCGCGAGAUUGACCCUACUGCACAGCGCCAGACUGCGCUGCACAACCAACACACGGUCGUCGUCGGGGGCUACCCACCGCGCGACGUUUCGGAGUGGCAUCUUCGACGCGCACGCGUCGUCUACUAGUGUGCAUUCAACGUUGUACGUAUAGCGACGUCGACGCUGCUGCAGCAGCAGCAGUACAACUCUGUCCACGCGCUCCGCGUCUAUAUAUAUACGUGUACGUAUAUUUAUAAUGUGUUGUAUGUAAACACAAACACUUGUAUUGAUAGUUUACACCGUUAAACAUGUAAUCGUCGAGCUGUCAAAUACGUUUUUGUAUUUGAAAACAAGAAAACUGUAAAUAAAAAUAUAGAAAUACUUCACCGCAUCAAA